CGGGAAGAAAAGCCCCCCCGGUGGUCAUUGUUGACGAUUGCCCCGCCUCCGGGGUGCACGAGGAGAUGCCGGUGGUGAAAGUGCCAGGGGGUGUCCGGGAGCCAUCUUCCGAGGUCCUGACGGUCUCCCUCCCGGUUGGUACGGCCGUGAUGAAUGGCACGGCUGACUCGAGGGCGCUUUUGAGAGGUAUAACCCUCGAGAUUGACAGAGCAGCCCUCGGGGCUGAUGAUGACCAAGCCCUUGAGGACAGGAUCCUCCGGUCUUCCCUCACGACUUGCAUUGCCCUCGGAGAGCAAGCCCGGCGGCUAGAGGAGUGGCGUCUUCGCAAGGCCGAGCAUGGUGCUAAGAUGCGAGAGCUCAUCCCCCAAAAUUCCGAUGUCGUCCGGCAGAUGGCUACGCUGGAGGAAAGCCUUCGGCAGAUGACCCUGCGGGCGGAGGCCGCAGACCGGGGCAAGGCCGAGGCUGAAAGGUCCGCAGCUGAGGCCCUUGAGAGAGCUGCUAGGGAGGCCGAGGCCGCCAAGGUGGAGGCCGAGACCGCUAAGGUGGAGGCCGUCGAGAGAGCGCGAGGGGACGCCAUCUCUGGGUUCUUGGCAGGGGGUGGCGAGCUGAGGAGCACAAGCAAUGGUUGUCCUCGGUCGUCGAGUCCUCGGUCGACGAGUGGU